AUGUCGUAUACAGAGCCAGAAUUCCGGCAAGCAUGCCUUCAAUGGGUCAGCCAGCUCGCCAGCAAAGAGAUAGCGACCAUCGAGUCCCUUGCAGACGCACACAUACUAAUAGACGCCGUGACGCAGUCGGACCCUGACUACUUUAGCGCAGCGUCGCUGGUCCUGCCCGGACGGCCAAACGAGCCCAACCUGGACGCACUGGCACAGCUGGCGCGGCUCUUGUUGCGGUACUUUGAGCAGGCGCUGAACAAGCAGCUGGCGCGCGACUACAUCCCCAGCGUGGCCAGCCUCGCCAGCCCGCCGUUCGACGACCUCUGGCGGCUGCUGACGUUGGCGGUGGCAGUGACAUUGCUGGGCGAGCACAAUAAUGCCGAGCAGCAGUUUGAUAGCCUGGAUGCAGGCACAAAGCAAGUUUUGCAGGACGGGAUUGAGGGGAUGUGGGAGGACGCGGAGGACAUUGCGCAGGGCGUGAUGGGCGGCAGCAGCAUCGUGAGCCAUGUGGUGGCGAGCCCGGCAGACAGCAUACAGCGGGUUUCGCCAAGGCUCGAGUCGUCGAAUGCUGCGUCGGUGGACAGCUUUGCCAGUGUGCGCACGUCACCGCAGCAGUUCGAGUCGGCAUAUUCGUCGUUUCCGAACCAGCAGACAUUGCUGCAUGGCGAUGAGCGGCUCAUUGACACGGAUGAGGUGCUGCGGUACUCGGCACCGUCAAUACAGCAGUCGGCAGCGGUUAUUGACCCGGUUCUCGAAGGAACGGCGUCGAUAGAGAGCAUGCGGUCGUCGGAUCUGCUGUCGAGGUUCGGCCAAUUGACAGGCUUUGAUAUUGGUGGGAGCGCAUUGCAGGUGCUUGAGAGCGACAGCGAGGUGUCGUCAGAUUCCGAAGAGGAGAAUGGUGAUGAAGAGGCCAGCGAGACAGAAUCGUACGUGUCAGAGUUCAGCCAGGACCUGGCCACGUACCAGCCGGGCGAUGGCAUCCUGGGGUAUGGAAAGCCCUCGCCGCACGCAGUCACAAAGUACAUCUUCGUUCUCAACACAGUGGCGUACCACGCCGUCGGCAUAUACCUUCUGCUAUCGACACAGACGCCGUCGUCGAAAUCCCCGUAUUUUAAAGACUACCGGGACAUGGCCGACGCUGUCCUGCAGGUGAUUGCGGUGUCGCUGGCAUCGGUGAUUGCAAGCAUUGCGUGGAUCCAGGCCCUGCGGCACCAGACGCGCAAGGCGGUGUGGAUGACGACGCUGGCGGUCCCGCUGGUCGGGCUAAGCAUGGCGGUGUGGGCCGGAUCGCAGGUGCUGGCGUUUCCCGGCGUCGAGGGGAUGCUCGGGUACAAGAUCCGCACGGGGAUUGUCUCAGCAGUGUCGCUGAUUCUGGCGGUGCGGUUUGCGCUGUACGUGCGGCAGCAGCGGCAGGACAUCGAGCGCAGCGUGGCAGUGGUCAAGCUGGCCAGCGACGUGUUGGCAGAGACGCGCGAGCUGUUUGGCUUUGCGGUUCUGCUGCUGGCAAUGUACGGCGUGUUUGCGAUUGCGUCUGGGAUUUAUGCGUCGCGGCUGCCGCUUGUGCAGAGCCUGAUGGGGUCGGCGGGCAAGCCCGGGGCGUAUGGGCUGCCGGCAUACCUGGCGGUGUCGUUUGCGUGGACGUCGGCGGUGGCCCUGCAGGUGCUGCGGACGGUUGUGUCGAUUGUGGUAAGCCAGUGGUACUUCCACAGGCACGAUCCGGGAGAGCCGCCGGCGCUACAGACGCUGCAGGCGGCGGCGGUCUCGGCGCUGACGCGGCAGCUGGGCACAGUGGUGGUCAGCGCGACGCUGCUGCUGGCCGUGAAGACCAUGCAUGUGGCCGAGCUGCUGGUGCGGUGGGCAGUCAGUCUUUUGCGCGUCAUCCCCGUGUCGCUGGUGUCGCUGGCGCUGGGCCGGCCCGUGUACUUUAUCGAGAGCUGGAACAGCUACUCGGCGGUGUAUGCGGCACUGACCGGCAAGGGGUUCUUUGAGUCGUCGAGUGCGGUGACAAGGCUGCUGCGCAAGCACCAUCUGCUGCAUUCGUCGGUGGUUGGGAUGCUGAAGUCGUCGCUGACCAGCUAUGCGCUGCUGGUGUCGGUGGUGCUCGGGUACUUGCUGGGCACCAAGGCUAUGCAGAUGCUGUCCAUGCACGCGGUGCUGGUCGCUGUUGCUGGCAGCGCGCUGCCGUUUGCGGUUCUGCAGCUGGUCACCCAUGUGGUGUCGUGCACUGUCGAGGCCCUGGUCGUCUGCUAUGCGGUCGAUCUGGAGGUGGAUGCAUGCCACUCCAUCAAGGUGGCCGAGGCCAUGUCCCUAGCAUAG